AAUAACAAGUCAGCGUUUUUGACCACAAAUAUAAAAAGAGGAAGCUUUUGCUCUCUUAUUUGACAUCUUUCCCCGCACCCUGCGAGUCAGCACAGGACGUGGCGGCUGUUCUCAGUAAGUUUUUUACAAGUUACUUGAACUCUCUUUUUUAAGACAGGCUUGAUUUUAUUUCAUACUGUAUUACAGUAACUAAGCUAAACUGUACAUAUUAUCUUAAAUUUAUCAAUAUGUAAUAUUUUUUAUGCUUUGACAAUAUUGUUCUGAAUGUCAUGCCAAUAAAGCUCAUCUGAACAUGAUCAAAUUUAUCUUUAACUUUAUCACAUUAUUUUAAUUCUGAUUUAAAAGGAAAUCCUAUUCUGUCCUUAUCACAUUUUUGCUCAUGUUUCCUCAGAAAACCAACAAUGUUGAACAACUCCACUCUGAGUGAUGAAGAUUAUGAUCAUGUGGAAUAUUUGUGUCCUCAGACAUUUGACUUUAACACCCUCAGUGGUGCUUUCUUCAUUGUGAUCUUCAUCUUUGGUCUCAUUGGAAAUGUCCUCGUUUUAUGUGUUCUUACCAUCUAUGAGAACCUGAAAAAUGUCCAAAAUAUCUUCAUCCUGAACCUGGCCAUCUCUGAUUUGAUCUUCACUAUCACGCUCCCAUUCUGGGCCGUCUAUCACCUGCAUCACUGGAUCUUUGGGGACUUUGCCUGCAAGUUCAAAAUUGCAGCGUACUACACCGGUCUGUACAGUAGUGUCAUUCUGCUGACUGCCAUGACCGUGGAUCGCUUCACUGCGGUGGUGAUGCACAACUUCCAUAUUAACCCUGCAACAAGGCGGAUAUGUGUUAUGGUUUCCUGUGCAGCUGCCUGGAUCAUCAGUAUUGCUGCAUCGAUGGUUGAUGCUGUCAAAGUAGGAGUGUCGCCCAGCUGGAAUGGUGAUUUCAUGUGUGAUUAUCAAUCUGAGGAUCACUCUGAGGAUCACUCUGACUUCGACCUGGGAUAUUAUCUCCAAAUAGCUCUGCUCUUUUUCCUCCCAUUUGCCAUCAUAGUCUUCUGCUAUUGUGCCAUCCUGAAGACAGUCCUGCAGGCUUCAAACAGAAAAAGUCGCAGGACUGUUGUGGUGAUCUUCUGUAUUGUUACAGCAUUCUUUCUCUGCUGGGGACCUUACCACAUUUUGAUUUUGAUUAGUUCUUUUUACAUACCUAAAGGGUGCAAUGCAGCCUCACAUUUGGACAUGGCCUAUGAAAUUUGUCGCAUCUUGGCUUAUUCUCAUUGUUGUAUGAACCCUUUUCUGUAUUUGCUCUCACAAAAGUUGCGUAGCCAUUUUUUGCAACUUUUGCACUGCCGCAAAUACUCAAAGAAAAGCGGGGAGAGAGGCCAGAGCACCUCCGGUACCCAGCAUGUUGCUUUUGCGGCACAAAACUCUACUGUCAUGUUGGAGGCAUCAUUCAAAUAGCAGCCCAGUAGUCACAAUCUAUAAUGUAAAAAUAUCAUGUAUAAUAUCUCAACUUUGUUUGGUGUAUUUUCAUUUUGACAGUGUGCAUAUUUCUUCAAAAAAAGUAUAGAUCUCUUUAUUUAUCAUUGCAAAUAAAUGUAUUGAAUGUAACUGUAUGUGGUAAAGCUUUUAUCCCUGGACUACCACUGCCAAGUAAGAGAAAUUCAGUUGUGCAAUUUACCAAAUAAAAGUGAAGAGGAGUGUUGAGAAGCUUUUUUCACUUCUUUGUUCCACUAACUGUGGCGACAUCCUACAUUUUCAAUUCUGCUGUGCAAGCGCUUUUGUGGGAAAAAUCGCAAAUGGAGUAAAACAUGAGUGACCCUGUUGAGUCAGUCUGGGGACUUACCAUUGAAAAAUGAGUGUGAAUUCUUUUUUUUUUUUUCUCAUAGUUAAAUGUCACAAUUCAAAUCCCCCAAAACUGGAUCAGUUAAAAAAAGAGGAAUAAAACUUAAGUUAAAUAUGGUACAUGAAAUCUGCUUGUGCCUUGUUAUGAUUAUAAUUGAUUGUUUAUCAAAGGCAGAGCUCAGUUAACCAGUUGGUAUUUAAUUACCAAAGUUCAGUGUUUGAUUAUUUAUUUAAUUGAAAGUUUAUUCGGAAAAUCGCAAACUGUUUUGUUUCAUAUCGUCUUCAAUUUGCAUCACACAUUUUUAAAUCGGAACUAUGAGUAUAGACAUUUUUUUUUUCAUAGUUAAAUGGCACAAUUUAAAUCCCCCCCCAAACUGGA